AUGGCUUAUUUUCUGGAUACGUCGUAUGCCGGAGAGGCGCUCCUCUCUGGCUUCAACUGGUUCGACGGGGUAGAUCCUUCUCAUGGAUUUGUUGACUACCAAAGCAGACAAAAUGCCGAGCAAAUGGGCCUUUACAGCAUCGAUGACAGUUCGGGGGUGGUUAGGAUAGGAGUGGACAGCACGCACCAGUAUUCACUUCUAGAUCGAGGUCGACCGAGUAUUCGGAUUGAAAGCAAAGAGACAUAUGAGCAUGGCCUGUUUAUUGCAGACUUUCUACACAUGCCCCCUUCAAACUGUGGUCUGUGGCCAGCGUUCUGGACAUAUGGCGAUAACUGGCCCUAUGACGGCGAGAUUGACAUUAUAGAAGGAGUCAAUACGGCGCAUACCAACAUUAUAUCCGCACACACUGCAGAUGGCUGCACCCAGGACGAAUCUAUAAACGGCCUCUAUAGCGGCCACCAACUAAGCACGCAAUGUGCCGUGGGGACCGAUAAUAUUGGCUGUGGCUUCAAUCCCUCGCCUGAGGACGUCUCAUCAUAUGGUGACGGGUUCAACGCUGCUCACGGAGGCGUGUAUGCCAUGGAAUGGAACGAAGAAAAUAUUCGCAUCUGGCACUUUCCUCGUGGAUUUAUUCCUCCCGAUAUCGAGAAUAAAGAGCCUGAUCCCGAGAGCUGGGGACAGCCGGUGGCCAUCUUUGGAGGCCCUAGCUGUGAUGUGGAUACAUAUUUCAAGAACAUGAGACUCGUUCUCAACAUUAACUUUUGCGGAGACUAUGGCAAUGCCGUCUGGGGCAAAACAGACACAUGCAACCAAUUUGCGCCGACGUGCGCUGAAUACGUGGCUCAAAACCCAGAGGCCUUUACAAACGCCUUCUGGGACGUGCGAUAUAUCGAUGCUUACCAGUUCCGCGAUGGUGAUCGCAAUCCGUGGCCAGACCGUCCGAAUCGUCCAGAUCAGCCCGAGGGGCCGGAUUGGACAGGCGACUACGAGCCCACGACGACGACGACAAUGACUACUUGGGCCACCACAACCGUAACAGUAUCCGGGCCGGGGAAUCCUCGUCCUCCAUUUACCAAUGAUACUCGCGGCAAUCCCAUUCCAGAUGUGCCAAUUGAGCCUGUUACCGCCAAGGCGCCUGUUAAUCCCAUCAAGAUCAAGGACUAUUCGUAUCUGGGAUGCUUCCACUCGAGCAGUGAUUUCGAAUCAUUCUGCGAAGCUGAUUCCGGGGAAGACAUGACUCUCGAGCGGUGUAUUGAUCUCUGUGAUUCCAAGAAAUACGCCGGCGUGUUCGCCACCUACUGCUUCUGCGCAGACGAGCUCGAUGCCCGCACAAGAGCAUCCCAAAAAGAAGGUCUAUGCAGCCACGUCUGUCCGGGAAACAGCCAAGAGUUGUGCGGCGGAAUCAUCAAACAUGGAGGAGACGGCGUAGGCGGACUUCCAGGAACAGUUUCCAAUUCAACUUCGGCUUUUGCCCUCACUUUAUAUGGCUAUGUUGCGGAGGAAGAGCCCAAAGCUCCUCCCGCAAUGGCGCCUGGGUCGGAUGAGGUCGCGCCGAAGGCUUAUCCUCAUCAGCCGUGGGGGGAGUAUUCCAGGACGACUACUGAAGUUGCCGAAGUGACGGUCUUUCCGGUUUCUGAGCAAGGUUGGCGCGGGCAUGACGAGAGUGGGUGGAAAGGCUGGAACGGCAAUGGCUGGCAGGACGACGGCGCUGAAUCGUCGAAGUUUGGAGGAGAGGAACACGAAGAUGGCAAGCAUAAAGAAGAGGGAGAAUCUAUCGCCAAGGGACAAGAAGAAUGCGACUGCGAUGAGGAUGGCAAGGAGAAGUGGAACCCAGCAAAUCCAGAGAUUACCAAGGUUGUGGUUCAGUUGACGAAGACGGCUACAGACUGCCCGGAAAGCACCACGGCGAAGGAGCAUGUUGUGAUACCGGCUUGGCUGCCCCCUGCGGAGUCGAAGCCAUGGGAUCCUGCUAAUGCUAAGGAGCACUGGGGUGCUGUCCCUCCUUUUGGUCCUUUGCCGCCUUCACCUACUCCUCUAUCUCCUCAUGAUGAUGUUGAGUCUCAUCAGCCUCCACCUCCACAUCCUCCAUUUCAAACAGGAGCGCAUCCGCCAUCUCCUCCAGUGGUCGUUGCAGCAGCGCCGGGGAACCACGAAGGUAGAGAGAAAUAUCUCGUCAUUAUGGGAUUGAGCAUACUAGCUGUUAUCAUGGGAGUGUUGUAA